GCUCAUCAUGUGUCUUUAGUUGAAAUGAAAACUGCAGACUGUUUGUUCUACAGGACACAUUGUUCCCUCAAAUGAGUUUUAAAAUGUAGGUCAGAAAUCCAAAAUAAGUUCAUAUCAAUUAGUUUUCUGAUGCUGCAAUGAAUUCAAACUAAAUAACAGGAAGUGUGUUUACUGUUGUGUGUGAAUGUGAUGACUUCUGAUGUGUUGUGUGUUACAGUGAUACACAGUCAGGAUGAAUGGGGUGUGACUUAUUCUUCUACUCACAUCUGUGCCUUCAAAGGAUCAACAGUGGAAAUACACUGCAGCUACCGUUACCCUUUGGAAAAAGAUGGCCUGAAAACUAGAGUCCAAAGCAGAUUCUGGUUUUCUAAAGACAGUAAUAACAUCUAUAUGGAUCUGAAAACAGACCCAGAGUAUUCAGGUCGUGUACAGUACAACUGUGGAAACAACAACUGCACUCUGAGAAUCACAGACCUGAGAAAGAGCGACUCAGCUCAGUACAAGUUCAGAUUCACAACAAACCAACCAGGUGGAAGUUUCACUGGAUCACCUGGAGUCACUUUGUCUGUGACAGAUCUCCGGGUGAACAGAUCACAAAUAUAUUAUUUCUCAGUCAUGCUGAAGUGUCAGAGCAGUUGUCCUCUAGCAGACCCUCAGUCCUACAUCUGGUACUCCAAUGGACACAUCAUUGUUGGACAAACAUCUCGGUUUUAUUUAAGUUACUUUCACCCCACAAACAGAAUUUCCUGUGCUGUAAAAGGACAUGAGGACUCUCCUUCUCCUUCAGUGUUGGUAAAGGAUGCCUGGAAUGUGACUUAUUCUUCUACUCACAUCUGUGCCUUCAAAGGAUCAACAGUGAAAAUGUACUGCAGCUACACACACCCACCUGGAAUUAAUGUUAUUGAAACAUUCUGGUUCAGUAACAGGAAGGAUGAUGAAUAUGUGAGACUGAAAGAUGAUCCACAGUAUGCAGGUCGUGUUGAAUACGAUCAGAAGGUCUGCAGUCUGACAAUCAGAAAUCUGACAGAAAGUGACUCAGCUGAGUACAAGUUCAGAUUCAUAACAGACCAACAACAUGGGGAAUAUACUGGUUUACCUGGAGUCACUCUGUCUGUCAAAGAUCCACAGCUCCAGGUCCAUGUGAGCAGAUCAGUCAACCAGUUUUCUACCUGGACAGAGCUGACAUGUCAAAGCAGUUGUCAGCGGUCUGAUAAUUCUUCCUUUAACUGGUACAAUAACAGCCUCAAAGUUAAAGAAGGAAAAAGAUAUCUAUACCUGCAGACAUUUGGUCCUUCAGACAGCUAUUACUGUGCAGUACAAGGACAGGAGCGUUUCCGUUCUCAUGCAGUGUAUGCUCCAAAGCUUCCCUCUGUGUCGGUGAGUCCCUCUGCUGAGAUAGUGGAGGGAAGUUCAGUGAAUCUGACCUGCAGCAGUGAUGCUAACCCAGCAGCUAAUUACAGCUGGUACAAGGAGAACCAAGACUCACCAAAAGCUUCAGGACAGAUCUUCACCAUCACUGACUUCAGAGCUGAACACAGUGGAAAGUAUUCCUGUGAAGCUCAGAACAUCUUUGGACGUCAGACAGUCUCUGUACAUGUGACUGUUUGGGCAGAUAAGUCAACAAAUAUAAUGAAUAUCAUCAAGCUGACCCUGGUGGUCCUGAUGCUGAUUCCGCUGUUUGUCUUGAGUCUGUGGACGAGGAAGAAGACAACUGUGAAUGUAAAACCUGAACAGAAUGAAGCUGUAGAAAUGAUGGAGGUGAGAGGUGCUGUUGAUAACACUGGUAUGAUCAGAAUAAAUGGGUUUGUUCAGGCACAUUUGGAAUAUGAGGACAGAAGGUCAGUUUAAGUGAAUUAGAAGUUCAGGAAUGAGUAAU